GCCAGGCAGCAGAAGCCAGCCAGCAGCACUUCUUCUGGUUACCUGUCAGGCUCCUUCCUAUCAUGGCUCUCUGUCAGUAAGCAGGAGCCUUUCCUGUCCUUUCUUCUCUCCAUUCCGUGAAGCCUAUCUCAGACCUAGUCUGCUGUGGAGGGAAAUCCUAUGAGGCUGAUCCCAGCAUAGCAAGAUGGAGAGUGAAUAUAAGAGAAUACUGUUAGUUGUGGGCCUGGAUUACUUGACUGAUGAGGAACUGAAGAGACUGAAGUUCUUCCUUCCAGAUGAGUUUAAGAUCUCCAAAAGCAAACUAGCAAGUGCAAACAGGACGGAGGUAGCUGACUUGAUGAUUCAAAGUGCUGGGAUCACCUCUGCGGUGACAAAGACCAUACGUAUUUUCAAGAAGUUGAAUUACAGAUAUGUGGCAGAAAAUCUUCAGGAGGAGAAGGAGAAAGUUGAUGUACGAUACAAAGGGGAAAAAAGAAAAACAGUUGGGAAAAAAGGAAGUCAAGCCAAAAAGAUCCCUGCUGCCGCUGCACCUCCCAGAAAUGACUCUAUGGGACCAGGCACUGCUCCUGCUGGCUCCCCCCAUAUCAAGCCUGAGGAGCAGCAGGCGGUGGCUCAGCAGGAACCUACCAGGGGAGAAGGGCUACAGAAAGACCCUCUGAUGGUCAUGGUGCUGAAAGUAACGAAGCCAUUAGAAUUUAAGACCCAUGGAGGGAUGCAGAAGAUGUUUCACGCUACAGUGGCUAAUGAGAGGAAUUUCUUUCUUGUAAAAGUUUUCAACAUGGAGCUCCAAGAUAAAUUCACCCCAAAGAAAACAAUUAAAAUAUCAAAAUAUCACUGGCAGAGUCACUUCCUAGAAGUGAACAACAACACGCUUGUGUGUGAUGCUGAAUCUGAUCAACAGAUGAGUGUCCCACUGCAUAUCAAGAGAAAAGCGGGUGAAACCCCAAAGAUCAGUAAGCUUCAGACUCAGCCCCUUGGAACAAUUGUGAAUGGGCUAUUUGUUAUCCAAAAGAAAACAGAGAAAAAAAAUCAUGUAUCAUUUGAGCUUAGUGACAAAACAGGGAGGAUGGAAGUAUUGGUGUUUGGAGAACAGAAAAUGAGCCACUGUGAGGAAGGGGAUAAACUUCGACUCACAUUCUUCGAGCUGUCAAAAUCUGGAGAAAAACUACAGUUGAAAUCAGGAGAACACAGUGCCUGUAAGGUUAUUAAAGCCAAAAAAAAUUAAAUGGAAAGGAUCAAUUCAGAUCCACUGUCCUUAACAACAUUUCACUGAAGAAUACCUGGUCCAGCCUCUUCACCUGACCAUGAGCUCCAGAAAGCGGCAGUGCACAGG